AUGUAUCCUCGGAUCUUCUACGCCUUCUCAGACGUGAUUGUAUUUGUGCUGAACAAUCCGAAAACAAUGGAGGACGUAGUUGAAAAGCUACUCGCCUGGGCUGAUGCCAACCAUUCAAAAUCAAUAAAUCUACCAAGCAAGCCUCACGCCAUCAUUGCACUCAACAAGUGCCCGAACUCGACGCCGGAUGAGUUGUGGAAUUCUCUUGAAGCCACGGAUCAGCUUUUUAAAUCUAUGAGUUCGCAAAUCCAGAAGAAUACCACCUUUCAGGGGUAUGUGAAGAAAUGGGAGUCUGCUAAGCUCCGAAUCUCUGACAUGGAGGAACUAUUUCGGUGCUAUUAUUCUAAAGUUCACGUCGUGCGAAUUCCAGAUAAGAGCCGCUACACACUGCUUGAAAAACAGUGCGACGAACUGUAUUGUAUCAUUCGCAAUUGUUGCGAGAGAUCAUUCAUGAAGAAGAAAGAGUCUCGGAUGCUCCCCGACGCCGAUGAAUUUGGCAUCUACAUGUCGUUGGCUUUUGACCACUUUUCCCAGACACUUGAGGAGCCGUUUGAUUACGUGAAAGCGUCCCUGAGGCACCGGCCGCCUCCAUUGACAAUGGCGGACAAACUGUAUCAAUUUGCAAACCUAGUGGCUCAGAGACUUGAGCUGGAGGGAGAAAUACAGACUCUAUUUGCCAGGAUAACCGAGAUGGUGGCUUCAUGUUUGAUACUGGACGCCGCUCGAAAGCGGCGGUUUGGCCAGCCCGAUGAUUGGUUCAAGAUGUCAACUGGCCCAUCUUCCAGCCUAGAAACAAAUGACCGCCCAGGUGAUUCCGACGGCUCGUCAUUUGAGGAGCAAUGCAGAAUGGCUAUUGAAGACUAUUUUAACUAUCAGGUUCCUUGCGAAUUUCAAGUCGAGUCCCGUUCUCUGUUCUUGCUAACUGCCCCUUUCCAUUGCAAGCAGAGGAAGAUAACACACGGCGAGAUGCAUCGUGGACAGAACAGAUACACAUUUGAUGAAUACUUUGGGCCGUUUAAGCAUAAGUUCGACCCAGAGAAGUUCGAUUGGCCAGGCAAAGUCCUCGAGCGUAUGGAACAAAUGCAAAAGGAAGGGCUUUGGUACAAUACCACUGAUUCGAGACAAGCGCGAGUCCUCGCACACGGUAGGACAAUACGGAACUUCUAUAAGAACUUUAGAGAUGGCGUGGGCAUUUUCAGCAACUCCAUAUGCCUCUGCUGCUUAUCCAACCCCCCAGAUCAUCAAUUGUCCUGUGGUCAUGUUAUCUGUCUGGAAUGUGCCAAAGAUUUUGGAGAAAAGGAUUUGGGACACCCAGAUGGUCAUUUAAGGCUUAUUGUCAAACAAUGCCCCAUGCAUGAUCAUCCUUUGCGCAAUCAGUUCAUUAACCAACCAACCACAAUUGCGAUCCAGCCCCCACAUUCUGGCCUCAGAGUCCUGGUGCUGGACGGGGGUGGUGUCCGUGGCAUAGUAGAAUUAUCCGUGCUUAGAGCCUUGGAAAGCCGUAUAGGAGUUCCUCUACAACAUUUCUUUGACCUAGUGGUUGGAACCAGUACUGGCGGCAUCAUAUCCCUUGGUUUUGGACAUGCGUUAUGGUCCGUCGAUGAGUGCAUCGAGCAUUUUAGAGACCUAGUCGGCGUGGCCUUUACUCCUCGGAAAGGCCAGAUCCAAGGUUUCCGUCACCUACAAUUGCUCAUCCAAAGAAGCAAGUACGAAACGAAGCCGAUCGAAAGUGCGCUACAGACUGCACUUGGAGAGGAAAGCCUAUUCGGCAAUCGACAGAAAAACGGUAGCCACUGCGUUAAGGUAGCUGUCACAACUGUUACGGACGCUGGCACGCAAGCAUUAGUGCUUUCCAACUACAAUGCGACGGAUGUCUCUACCUCCGAGAAAUCCAAGCCGAAGUAUCGAAGGCACAGACCAACACGACCAGAGGAUGAGCUCAAAGUCUGGGAAGCGGCUCGAGCAACUUCGGCUGCACCCGGAUUCUUCUUGCCAUUUCAUAAGGCACGUUCUACGGAUAUUGACUCGGAGGUGGUUCCUUUGAUGAUGGACGGUGCCAUCUUGCACAACAACCCUAUCCAUGUGGCCAUUGAAGAAGCCCGUAGGCUUUCAGAUAUCCAAGACCAGCGGCCAAUACCGGACCUGGUGCUAUCUGUAGGUACUGGCCUGCCCAAAUAUAGUAGGGUUGAAGAAGAAGCGACGAAAUGGACAAGCGAGAGAAAUGUAGCUGGCCGCCAAAGAGCAGUGAUCCGCCGGAAGCCUGGACUUGUCAGGACCAUAUUCACUAUGCUCAGCUACCAGAUUCACUUGAAUACAGACUCAGAGCGGCGAUGGGCAUCAUGGAGUGAACCAUAUCUUCGUGACCCUCACUGGAAAGACCGCCUGUACCGCCUCAAUCCCGAUCUCGGUGAGGAGCCACCAGCGAUGGACGAUGUUGACAAAAUUAAGUCUCUCAGUAACAACGUAGCUGGAUGGAUUGAAAACCAUGUCGAGGUCCAAGAGAAGAUCAGUGAGAUCGCUUGCUCGCUAGUCGCCAGCUCGUUUUACUUUGAGCUCGAAGGAAAACCGACUCAAGCACAAGAUUCAUCGAUCUGGCUCCAUGGUUUCAUUCGAUGCCGAAUUCCCAAAGAGGUGCAGCAGGGAAGGGGGUUAGGCGCAUUCUUCGCCUCGUGCCACAGUCCUGUAGCCUUUGUGAUCCAAAAUUCAGGCAACGGUGCUGAGGCGGAUCUGCGAGUAGAGAUCCCCAUUCCCGGCAUGCACGAAGGUGGUGUCUACGGCGAUAUUUCUGUUAAAUUCACUAUACCUAGCGGAAUUGUCGACACUACAAUAGUUUUGGAUUUGCGCGGCAUCAGUAGGAAUAGGCACAUGUUUAACAUCAGUGGUUUUCCACGCCAGUUGAUGCAGGAUGGCUAUGGGCGAGAUCGAGAGAGUUCAGGUUCCGAGGGUUGGGGGAACAAGGAAGAUCGCAGUAAUAUCAGCGAGCUUCACUAG